AUGGAACGCGACAUCCUAUCAGAUUUCUACCAACAAGCGGGAUCUAAUUUUACAAGAUGUAAAUUUUCACAAUUGGGAGGUGAUUAUGUCGGAACUAUUGCUGUGACAAAAAGUGGGAUACGUUGUCAAAUGUGGACUGGAAUAGAACAAAUACAUAAGGUUGAUGAACGUAUUAGAGAUAUUGACUUUCCAGACGGUAGUAAAUCAUUAGCAAAAAAUUAUUGCCGUAAUCCUACUAAUGAUUCUCGAGGUCUGUGGUGUUACACAAUAGAAAAGAGUGUAGAAAUUGAAGAAUGUGAUAUUCCUCUUUGUAACUAUCAAGAAAAUAGAGUUACAGGAACAGGCGUAGAGUACGGAGGAAAAUUUAAGACUUCUUUAUCUCAAAAAGAAUGUAAAUUUUGGAAGACAAGACAUACGAUCGAGGAAGGAAAUAUAGCGACUCAAACAAAACGUUUUCCAAAUAGCAACUUUCCGGAAAAUUCUCGCGAAAGAGCCAAAAAUUAUUGCCGUAACCCUGAUGGUGACAAUGGUGGGCCUUGGUGUUACGUAGACGGUUUUUAUGAGAAUCUCGUGAACAAAGAAUACUGCGAUGUACCAUUGUCCGACGACAGAGAUUGUUUAGUAUACACAAGAUCAAUUGAUUCAUAUUCUACGAUCACUAAAUUAGAUUAUUCGCUUCAGAAUAUUACAGUUUGGAUCAAGUUAUGGAAUCCAAGUUUCAAUUAUAGGACGAUGGCAACGUUGCUGUUAAGUCAUGUACCAGUUCCUGCUACUGGUAAAGUAAUAGCAGAACUUUGGAAAGCUGGCGCUGAAAUUGCGUUCUCUAAUACCUUAACUGGUUUAAUUUAUCCGGGUUUAAAUCUCCAUACAAAUUUCAAACACACUCCUCAUUUGAUUACUGGAGAAAACUGGACGGCGAUAACAAUUUCCUGGAGCCUAGGGUACGUCACUAUCAGCUUAGCUAAUUCAACAGAAAUUAUAUAUGAAGGUGAAUACGCAGUUAAGGAUUCAUUGUCUACAUUAUAUCCAGAUGGUUUUCUAUACUUUGGAUUAGCCGGUGAAGGAAUACUUUGGAGCACAGAUUUAUGCCAAGAAACAUGUGAGAUUCAUACGACCUUUGGUUAUAGAUAUUUAAGAAUUUGGCCAAUUCAUUCUAGUUAUAAAAGCUAUAGCAUAAAUUUUUUUUUGCGCUCAUCGUUUGCAAUAUCAAUCCAAUUGUAUCAAACCCCUGGAAUGCAAUUUCCUUAUUUCGAGGUUGUCUGAAUAUAAAUAAUUUUUUUCUGAAUAAUUUAGAUAAUCAUAAUAAUAAAAUAUUAUAUUUUAAUCGCAGA